AUGAAACUGUACUGUUCUAAAAUAUUAUUGUUUCCUCUUCCAUUAACUAUAUUGUUAACAUCAUCGUCAUAUGUAUAUAAUAAUAAUGAACCACAAACCACUCAAUACACUAACUACUACAUCACGAGUGUUAAGCGAAAGGACACAGAAUCGUCAAUUUAUGAUAAUGAUGAGGAAAUCAAUUCAGUGAAGGAAAUUUUCGAACGACAAACCUCACAAAGAUUACGAGAAUAUGACGAAAGGUUACAAGUUAAACGACAAAAACGUAAAGAACAACGUGACAAAAAUAUACAAAAAAUUAUUCAUAAAGAUAGAAUGGAGAAAAACUUAGCAGAAAAAAUAGAAAAAGGUUGUCUUAUGUGUGGGUGUGGGCUAGGAAGUGUUGCAGGAAGUAUUGGAUUAUUUGGUGGAAUUGUUAUAAAUAUCUGGAAACCUGUGGCACUUAAGGGCGCUAUUGCAGCAGCUCUAAAAGCAAAUGAAGCUAUGAUUUCGACUGCCGCUAAAACUGCGAGUGAUGCUGCGGGUGCGGCUAAAGUCAUUGAAUUAAUACAAUCAGCAUAUUCUGUUGAUGAAUUAGGUGGAACAGUAUUGGAAUCCUAUUUUGCUGCAACAUCUUAUAAAAAUGCCUCAGUCAUUACUCAAGCUGUUUCUAAUCAAUAUGUACAGACAUGUUUAUAUGUUCCUUCAUCGAACCUGUACCUCCCUUUCCCUGACCCUAAGAGUAAUAUUACUAUUUGCAGGUCGGUGUUGAACCAAACUUUAGCUGUCUCAAAACCAAAAAAGGGUAUUUCAACUAUAGAUGGUAUAAGCACAGCUGUACAAAAUAUGGUGUCGGAAGCCGAAGUAUCAGCUAAAGCCGCUGCUGAUAUUGCUACUAAACAAGCUACAGAAGCAUAUAUAAAGACGAGCACAGAAACUAUAGAUGCUGCAUGUACACAGUUGUACAGUGCAAUUGGUUACUCCAUCCUUGCCAUAUUAAUUAUAGUUCUAAUUAUGUUGAUAAUAUAUUCGAUUUUACGUUAUAGACGAAAAAAAAAAAUGAAGAAAAAAGCCCAAUACACAAAAUUACUAAAUGAAUAA